ACCUUCCUCCACCACAGUCAACAUGGCUUCCGUUCCUACCGAGCAAUGGGCGCAGAUAUUCGAGAAGUCUGGUGGCCCCAUCGAGUACAAGAAGAUUCCCGUCCAGAAGCCCGGCCCUGAUGAGGUUCUCGUCAACGUCAAGUACACUGGUGUCUGCCACACUGAUCUCCACGCCCUCAACGGCGACUGGCCGCUGGACCGAAAGCUCCCUCUCGUCGGUGGCCACGAGGGUGCCGGUAUUGUCGUUGCCGUUGGCGAGCUUGUCAACGACGUCAAGCUUGACGACCGUGUCGGUAUCAAGUGGCUAAACGGCUCCUGCCUCCACUGCGAGUUCUGCCAGACUGCCGACGAGCCACUGUGCGCCGAUGCACAGCUCUCCGGGUACACCGUCGACGGCACCUUCCAGCAAUACGCCAUUGCCAAAGCCGCCCACGUCGCCCGCCUUCCCAAGGACACCGAUCUCGCUGCCGUGGCCCCCGUCCUCUGCGCCGGUAUCACCGUCUACAAGGGCAUCAAGGAGUCUGGCAUCAAGCCUGGCCAAUGGGUCGUCAUCAUCGGUGCGGGAGGUGGUCUCGGAUCGCUUGCCUGCCAGUACGCAAAGGCCAUGGGUCUCCGCACCAUUGCCAUUGACAGCGGCGAGGAGAAGAAGAAGAUGUGCAACGAACUCGGUGCCGAGACGUUCAUCGACUUUGCUACCUCCAAGGACCUCGUCGCCGACGUACAAAAGGCGACUCCCGAUGGCCGUGGUCCUCACGCCGUCAUCCUCCUCGCCGUCAACGAGAAGCCCUUCCAACAGGCUGCCGAGUACAUCCGCCCUCGCGGCACCAUCAUCUUGAUCGGUCUUCCCGCCGGUGCCUUUGUAAAGGCACCCGUCUUCUCGUCCGUCGUCCGCAUGAUCCGGAUCCAGGGUUCAUACGUCGGAAACCGACAGGACGGCGCCGAGGCCAUUGAGUUCUUCUCUCGUGGCCUGAUCAAGGCUCCCUACAAGGUUGUCGGUCUCUCAGAGCUCCAGUCCGUCUUCGACAAGAUGAAGAAGGGCGAGAUUGCCGGACGCUAUGUUCUGGACACGUCGAAAUAGGCAAUGGAAUGAUACCAAAGGAAAGAAAAAAAGCAUGGCU